AUGGCGGCAAAGAAAGGGACGCUCGGGAAGAGGAAGAAAAAUACAUCGCGAGCAAAAAGCCAACAGCGAACCCGACGAAGAGACUGUCUGUUUCGGAAGGCAUUUGAGUACUGCUGUGAGUGCGAUGCGGACAUCUCUUUGAUGAUCCGACUGAAGCAUAACGGUCAAACAUUUGUGUUCAACUCGGAUAGCCGCUGGCCUGUUGCGCAAGGAGACAUCUUCUUGCAGUAUCCAAAACCGAAGACUAUAACCUGGCAAGAUCUCGCAGCAAGAUAUACAACGGAACGAACGAACUCAAGCAGCGCAAAUGAUCAAGCCAAGAGUGGGACCAGACCUUCUAUUUCGCCGAAAGGGGACCAACCUUCUAUUUCGCCGAAAGGGGACCAAACUUGA